AGAGCAACCACAUUACAAAAACAGAACCUCUUUUCCUCAGUAUUAGUGCCAUUUUAUCGCUCCAUGUAUCGUAGAGGAUGAAUCACUUUUUCAAACUCAUUCACGAAUUUCUGACGUUGCUGUUGGUGUUUGGCGCUAUCUCUCCCAGUAAAAACAUGAUAAAAUUUCCUGAACAAACGCGACUCAAAGUGGUGUCCAUCUGGAGGAACAAUCCGUGUCAAAAUGCAUCGAAAACGCUACUUCCCGGCUGAUUUGGAACCGUAUCCGCUGCACUAUGCGGCAUUGCGAGGCGACACCAACCGGAUCGGUGAGUUGAUUUCGGCGCGACACAACUGCUUCCAGCCCAUUCAGGACGGCGAGACUGCGUUGCACGUGGCGAUCGCUGAAGGACAAGAAGCUGCGGCGAGAAUGCUGUUCGGGGAGUUUCAGAAGCAAUUUGCUUUUGUGGAAGAACAAUGUGAAAUUCAGGAGAGUGACAAGUUUUGGACGAAUGGAUGUGUUUUGAUUGCCGUGGGUGAUGAGGAGAUCCGACGCGUGAAGCAACUGGAAGCAGACUCAGUUCCUGUUGGGAACCCGGUGGAGGGCGUUCUUAUUUUGAUGAAAAAUCCAGUUGGAGAAAAUGAGCUCGCCGUACUAGAUCCAAACAAAGUAGAUCGUGUGGAGCUUUUCCAGUUGGUUGAAAGCCUAAUUCCAAAUGGAUUCGGCUCAUGGAACAGUACUGGAAUCGCAGGGAAAUGUGAAUCGUUGCUGAUGCUCGCAGCCUAUUAUGGAAAUAUUGAACUGCUGGAACUACUGAUCGAGCAGGGAGCCGAUCUUAAUGUGGCAGGACCAGAAAAAAGAACACCCUUUCACGCAUCUUGUGAAGCUUCUCAGCAAAAAGUAAUUGAGCUGCUAUUGACAAAAUACUUGGAUCGAUUCGAUCCAUCUGCUCUGGAUGAGAAUGCCCAACAUGGACUGCACUAUAUUCUAAAUCGCAAGAACAGAAACAGUUUCGAAUUAACCGUAGACAAAAUGGUAGAAUACAGAGUACGGAAAUUCGGAGAAACCCCUUCAGUUGCGUUCAAUGCUAUUUUUAAGCUAGAAAACGAAGAAUGGCCGUAUACUGGCGUAUGGAAUCAGUUGGAUGCUGUUUUUUGGGAUAAAACGGUCGAAGUUGUUCUUGAUCGAUAUGAGUACGAUCUUAGAUACCGGUGGAAGGAAGUGACUGUUCUGAUUGAUAUGAUUGAUUACAAAAAAGCUAGGAAAUUCUACAGGAAAGCUAUUACUAAGGACGUUGAUCUGCUGAAUAUAACUGAACCGAACGGAUUCACUCCGUUGCAUGGGCUAAUUUGUACAAACGAAAGAAAGUUGGUGAGCGACUUGUACAGAAAUCAUCCAGAGGUUAAAAACAUCUUCGAGAACAAACGCGCAUUCCAUACUUUGAGUUAUAUCAUGCAGAAGGAGUUUAUUGGUAUGAUGGAGUUUGUCCUAAGCAGCCACUCCCAGUUCUUCCAGGAGCAUUUGAGAGAAAUACUGGAACAAGUUAUCCAGGAAUAUAAAGCGUCUAAUUAUGAAAAUGUUUUCGCAAUACUUCUAAGCUUUCUGCCGAGCUUGGAUUCAAACAUUUCGGAGAAGUUAAAGGAGUUGUCUCUACCAUCGGCGACACAGGAGUUCAACGAUACUUACGAUGAACUGCUACAAGACUUCAACGCAACCAACGAUCGCAUCAGAAGUUCUGGUAGAACUUUGGACAGCUACGCGAGUACUGAAGGCAAAUCUUUUCUAAAACAAGCAAUACUGGAAAAUCAAAUCCAGCUAGUUCAACAACUCCUCGACGCUGAAGUGAACUUUGAUAGUCUAGACAGUGACGGCUGUCACGCGAUCCAUCACGUCGCAAGCUUGGAAAUGCUGCAGUUGAUCUCCGAACGGCACCCAAAAGGCUCGUCAUUGGUCAACCUGAAAGAUCGAAAUGGCUUUACACUGCUUCAUGUCCUUUGCCCCAGUAAUGCAGAACCCAAAAAGGAGUUGAUCGUUGCUGUAUUGAAUCACGGUGCCAAUUUAAAUGAGAGAACAAACGAUCAAAAAACGGUUCUGUUCUACACCUACUAUGAAGAUUUGUUCACAUUUUUCACCAAAGGUAUUCAAUCGUUUGGAUACUCUCCAGUUAAUCUAGAACUUCGGGACAAUGAAGGAAAUACAGCUAUUCAUCAUCUACUGUGUCAUCGAAAUAGCUACAUUGGCUCAAUCAUGCUGCGAUCAUCCAAUAGUUUUGCAAAUUUUAACGACAAAGGCAACUCCUACUUGUCUUAUAUGCUACGCUUCGAUCGGGAUCAUUUUGAUUCUUGGCUGAAGCCGGUUCUGGAGACGUAUCCGGAUAAAACGCGUGAGAUGUUUCAAGCCGAGUUCGAUCGAUCGCGAGAUCGCACAUCGGAGUUGUUUGUAGAAGCCUGUGCCAAUAUGAACGUCUAUUGCAUUGAGUAUUUCUUGCGAAUGGAUUUGAACUUCAACGUUCGAGAUAGCACUGGAAGGGUGGGACUUCUGGAAUUACUGAAUGGUUACGAACUACCGAGCUCAGAUAUUGUAUUCAAUCUACUGGAGAAAAGCAUCGAUGUGAACAUGCAGAACACCAAGAGACAAAACGCUCUGAUGAUACUGGAAAAUCAAAUAAGUAAGUCGAAGGAGACGGGGUUUAUCGCACGUUUCGCUCUUAAGAUGAUUGAAUAUGGGCUUAAUCUGGAACACGACGAUGACAAAGGAGACACAAUCAUGCAUUAUGCGUGCAGGAAUGGAGACUUUGAACUUCUGAGAGUUCUCGUGCAAAAUGGAGCAAGCUUUUCCUUUCGUAACCGUGCAUUUAAAAGGCCAGUUGAAAUUGCAGCACCAUGUAUUUCACAAAUUUUAAAUUAUUUAAGUGUUUAAGUGUUAAGUGAAUAUUAUUUGUACAAUUAUAAAUAUACGCAAAUUGAAUAUACAAAA